AUGCUGAACGCGAGACCGCCAUCGUCGUCGAGUGAGUUCACCCAGAACGACCUGGCAAGUUUGGGUCAAUCACUCGAGAGAGAUACCUACCUCAAGACUUGCGGCGCGCCGCUGGCGAAUCUGCUACAGAAUGCGGCCACUCGCAUCAAGAACUCCGACUCUUCGUUGAAGCCCUUCGAUUCAAGUGAACGUUUCACUGGCCUGAAUUGGUCUGUACCUCUAGUUGAGUGCGCAGGGGUGAAGGAGAAUCUCUGGGUCCGCACAACAACACACGCCAACAGCGACAGACCCGCUGUUUGGACCUUCCGAACGCAUCCCCGGCGACUUACCAAGGAAAGGUUUAUUACCAUUUUCAACGCCCCCAUAGGCUGUUAUCCAAUCCGCUUCCGACCUCUGACCCCGGAAUAUUGCACCUCUCUUGUUGCCGGAUCAGUUGUAAACGUGGUAGUGGAAAUCACAAUUGAUCCCACACAACGACAUCCCUAUGCGUACUCGAGAAUGCCAGCCGUUGGCUCCUUUGAUUGCUGGGAUCAAGCUUUUCGUUUAGCAAUACGAAUUGAAUUUGAGGAUGCAGGAAAGUGGAAGACAGUAUACCUGAGGCAAGAGAACAUCUAUGUUUUCGCCACCAAGAUCAAGGCCAUGAAGACCAGCCAGUUUGGCGAAGAACUCAAUCAUAUUGAGCUUAGCUGGUGCCACAGCAUCAAGAUCAUGGCGGCGUUACUGAACUGGGAGUGGACGCCAACAACUGACAUACUCGCACAAAGGACGGCACGUAACAUUGAAGAAAAGUUUGGCCACGACGUCAACAUUGGCAACAUGCCAGGUUUGGCCUUGAUCAAUGUGUCGGGCUCAAGUAUUCGUACAAAGUGCGACCUCUGCCUGAUGGGAGACCGAGGAGGAAAGAUGACGUCCCUGGCGAGAUAUUGUAAGAACAGAGUGGUCAUCAAGACAGUGGAUGGACAGAAGUUGUGGCAAUGCCCUUUCUCGAAACUACUGAACAGAUAUUGCACGUUCACGUACGGCAUCGAAAACCGACGUGACCUACACGACCUUGUGUACAUGGUUGGACAGGCCGACUACCCCGUGCAGACCAUUGAGACUCCGCCCAACGUUUUCCAGUUCCUAGAAGUACGCGAAAAGUUGGAGCAGGAACCGGUUGACAAGGAUGACAAGGAGUUUUGA